UGCAAAACUCUGCUGAUUGGCACCAAGGCCACUAGUUACGCCUAGUCACCGAUAUUAUUGGAGAGCAAUCACCAGCUGAGACUAUUCACUACUCAGAGAAAAUUCAACAUCCAAUUUUCUUUUCAUUUUUCAAGAAAAUGGGAAUCGCACAAGACGGUGGUGGCGCUGCCAGGCCCAAGUUCUUCCCGGCGGCGGCCUUGAAUGUCGUGGCCAAGCCCUGCGACUACUGCAAGUCCGCCGCAGCCCUUCUCUUCUGCCGCGCUGACUCCGUCUUCAUGUGCAUAGCCUGCGACGCCAAAGUGCACGACAACAUGAAACACGAGCGGGUUUGGAUGUGCGAGGUCUGCGAGCAGGCCCCUGCCGCCGUCACCUGCAAGGCUGACGCCGCCGCGCUCUGUGUAACCUGCGACCGCGACAUCCACUCCGCCAACCCCCUCGCUGGCCGCCACGAGCGUGUCGCAGUGGUCCCGUUCUAUGAGACGGCGGAGUCAGUGGUGAUGAAAUCCGCCGCAGCCGCGCUGCUGGUUCCCGCCGGCGACUGCAACUCUAACAUCUUUGUGGCUGAUCACCCCAGCCAGCCUGACAGGAAAUUAGACACAAAUGGGUAUAUUCCUGAUUCGUGGAUUCCCACGAGCCCGAUUAUUACAGCCAAACUGCCGGCGGAAGCCCCUGAUUUAAAAUCCAUGGAAUUACUGUUCCAGGACUCGGAUCAGUUCAUUGAUUUCGAGAAUUACCAAAUUUCAUCACAACCUUACAGCGACAGCGUCGUCCCUGUGCAGACGACCAUCAAACCACCGGCCCCUGCUCGAUUAACCCGUGAUCACUCAUCGGAAAACAGGUUCGAGAUCGACUUCACAAGAUCCAAUAUCAAUGCCUACAACAGCAGCUACACCACCGCAUCUCUCAGUCACAGUGUUUCAUCAUCGUCAAUGGACGUGGGGGUGGUACCCGACGGGAGCGCCCUGUCGGAAAUCUCGUACCCUUUCUCGCGAAACAUAAAUUCAUCCCUUGAUCUGAAUGGAAACCAAGGUUCCCAGGUUGUCGGAAUGGACAGGGAAGCCAGGGUUUUAAGGUACAAGGAGAAGAGAAAGAACAGGAAAUUCGAGAAGACAAUUCGUUACGCCUCCCGGAAGGCGUACGCCGAAACCCGGCCAAGAAUCAAAGGCCGGUUCGCAAAGAGAACCGACGCCGAGUCCGAUAUCGACCGGAUUUUCGGCGCCGGCGCUGCUAAUUUCAUAGCCGACGCAAGGUACGGCGUCGUGCCGUCGUUUUGACGGCGGAGCUUGGAGCAAGAAGUCGUUGUAUCAGUCUCUCGAUGAUUAGAUUUGCAUUUCAAUGUGAAAUAAUUGAAGGGAUAGUAAAAGGCAUUAAUUAGUAUAUGAAUGAAAUUAAGCACUAUCUUUCCCGGCCAUAUGUCUGAGUCUGACUGUUGAAUUUCCAGGCGGCGGCGACGACGACGACGUCGUAUCAGCGCUACAGCCAUGAUUGUAUCUGUAUCUGCAGCAUGGAAAGCCCAUCUACUUUUAGUUGAGGGGCUUUUCUGUGUAAGGGUUAAAUUCUUAGUCAGCUUCCAAUCCAUUGCACUUAGUUUUCA